UGAUGUAUGUCUCACAUCCAGACAGCAAAAAAUCACCACAAGAGGAGCGAGUUUCUAUUGUAGUAUGUUUUCCACGAAUCCGGACGUGUGCGCACUUUUGGAGUUGAGGUUUUAUUUGACACGCAUAUGCUUAUAUGGGUUAUAUGGUAUAAACCUGUUCUACUCCUCCUUAAGUAAUCGAAUCUUGUAAGAAUGUGCAAAUGUAGUGAUGUACGCAAUGUGCACUUGUAUUACAUGUAAUAAUAGUAGCAGUACAAAGUGCAGAGUGACAGCGUGUCUUUUUGGAGCCGUGUUACGGACAUGUUUGUGUUGAGGAGUGUGAAGGCCUGGUCUCCUGAGCCUCUUGGUUUUAGUCAUCAGACUACAGAUGUGCUUGUUUGAUGGCACCGGGCUGAACAGUGUUUCAUAGAUGAUUUUAGCAGCUCUGGUAUCCUGUCUCCUGGCAUAGAUGCCAUGUCGAAAGGUUAGAGCUGGAGAUGAGCUCCGCUAGCCAAUCCACUCUCUGCAGGGCUUUGUGGUCCUGGGUUGAGCAGAUUCUGGGCCACUCUAAGAUUGGUAAACUUUCUAUAGCCCAAGUAUGGAACGUUUUCAGGAUUACUGGGGAGACCCUGAAUUUCCUCAGCAGCUGGUAGAACUGUUGUUCACCUGGGAUUGGAUAUGAGCAGGUCUACAGAGAUGUGUACUCCAAGCUACCUAAAGCUGCUCACUUUAUCCACAGGGGUCUCGAGUGGGGUGUAUUGACACUGCUGCCUCUUCCUGAAGUCCACAGUCAGUUCCUUGGGGCAGUUAAGAGACAGUUAAUGGCACGAGUUUCUCCACCUCAUUGAUGAUGGAGUUGAGGCCCAUAACCACUCUGUUGUUGGCAAACUUGAUAGACAUUUAGCUGUGAGAUGACACAUGUGAAGAAGGGCAGAAGGACACAACCUUGUGGUGCUGGUGGUAAGCUGGGUCACUAUCUGGGGUCUGCCUGUGUGAAAGCCCAAGACCCAGCUGCAGAGUGGGGCUUUAACUCUGAGGACCUUGAGCUUGGAGGCCAACCUGUGUGGUAUUGAAGCCUAAUAUAGUUCCCAUUGUUGCUGUCACUGUGGGUGGUGGUGGUAUAAAGGCAGAAGUGGGAGUAAGUCUCUCAAAUAAGUCUCAAGUCAUGAAUGUCAAGUCAAAGUCAAGUAGAGUCUUUUUUUAAUAUUUGUCAAGCAAGUCUCAAAUUUGCGACUUGUCUGACUCGAGUCAAGUCGAGUCCCCCAUCUCUGUAUAAAGGUAAUGACACAUGGCAUCUUCAGUAGACCUGUUGGGGCUUAGUGUUGAUAGUGUUAGGAAUGGAGGAGAGGAUGGAUAUUUAUAUAAAAAAACAAUUCGUAAUGUUACUUACUACAUGUCGGGGUGCAUAGGUCUGCUUCAGGAGGGAUGUAAAUAGCAGGGGAAAUGAUGCAAUCUCAUGUGGCAGAUAAAAUGGUGGCGCAUAAUAGUCAGAUGUUCCAAAUGAAGGGAGCAGGAACAUGGCAAAAUGGUACUGUUCCUGUUGUCACACCAUUUGACCAUGAAACAACCUCUGGAUUUGCUGGUUUGUGUUGUUCUGUUCAGAGAAACUACUGCACAGGGUUACAGCUGGGUCAUUUUUGGGUUAGACAGCAUGUUUUAGUCUCUGAUGAACAGUUGGAAAAAUGGACGCCAGGUUGAUUUAGACAAACAAGAAAUCCCAGUCAGUCCUUUGGUGCCUCCACCACCAGAUAGAGAAAGAAAGAAAACCUCAAAACGUGUGUAAGAACGUUUGAGUCCAUCUUCACCUGGGAGACACCGAGUAGUGUGACUGUGAAUAACGUCUCUUCUGUAACUGUACAAUCAAGCUAUGUUACAUGUGUAUGAGCAUCAGAGUCAUGUGAGAUUUCCAACAUCUGUUGUUCUCAACUGUUCAGUAACUGAAACUUGUGUUGCAGUUAUUAGCCAUCGACUGUAACGAGAAACAUCCACAGCACAUCUGCUCAUCUAUGGUGUCUGUAUGGCAGCAUCCACAGUAAUCUCAUGGUGGUCUUUAGCUCCAGGUAGAUGUAAGGCUGUGAGCUGGAUCAGGCAGGCGUGGAGAGAAGAAAGCGCCAGGAUCACCGGAUGCAAAGGAGCACAAGUUGAAGAGAUCUGGAGCAUGGAACCUGAGAACUUUCAAAAUCUCAAACCAGUUCAUGGUUUAAUAUUUCUCUUCAAAUGGCAACCUGGUGAGGAACCAGCCGGAUCUAUCGUACAGGAUUCGAGGCUCGACCAGAUCUUUUUUGCAAAGCAGGUGAUCAACAACGCGUGUGCGACCCAAGCUAUCGUCAGCGUGCUGCUGAACUGCUCUCAUCCUGACAUGGAACUUGGCGAAACGCUGACAGAGUUCAGAGAGUUCUCACAAAGCUUCGAUGCUGCAAUGAAAGGUCUCGCACUCAGUAACUCUGAAGUAAUUCGACAAGUUCACAACGGCUUUGCCAGGCAGCAGAUGUUUGAGUUUGAUACCAAGUCGUCGGCAAAAGACGAAGACGCUUUCCAUUUCGUGAGCUAUGUUCCUGUAAACGGUAGACUCUACGAAUUAGACGGACUUCGCGAAGGACCUAUCGACCUCGGCGCUUGCAGCCAAGAAGACUGGAUCAGUGCAGUUCGGCCAGUGAUCGAGAAACGAAUACAAAAAUACAGCGAGGGAGAAAUCCGUUUCAAUUUAAUGGCCAUCGUAUCGGACCGGAAGAUGAUUUACGAGCGUAAAAUCGCAGAGCUCCAGGCUCACCUAACAGAGGAAGAGCCAAUGGACACAGACCAAAGUGCAAACCUUUUGAGUUCUAUCCAGUCAGAGAUCGCCAAGUACCAGCUCCUGAUCGAGGAGGAGAACCAGAAAUUAAAAAAAUAUAAAAUUGAAAACAUUAGAAGAAAGCACAACUACCUACCGUUCAUCAUGGAGUUACUGAAGACUCUUGCUGAAUAUCAACAACUGAUGCCGUUGGUUGAAAAGGCUAAAGAAAAGCAAAGUGCCAAAAAGAUCCAAGAAGCAAAAUAGUAUCAACACACUGCAGUACUUUGUGUAAUUUUCCACAAUAUCUCUUAAUAUGUACUUUUGCCUUCUGUAAUAAUAAUAGUAAUAAUAAUAAUAAUUAACACCUAGAAAAUGAACUCGUGUCGUCGCUGUGAUGUUCAUAAGACUUCAUGUUUGCAUGCAGAAAGAUGUUUAAAUAAACCAUGUCUUAUUUUCA